AUGGAUUCUGAUCAGGGAAAGCUGUUCAUCGGGGGGAUAUCGUGGGAAACAACGGAGGAUAAGCUGCGGGAGUACUUCGGCAAGUAUGGGGAGGUGAUGCAGGCGGUGAUCAUGCGCGAUAAGAUCUCGGGACGGCCCCGGGGCUUCGGAUUUGUCGUCUUUGCGGACCCCACUCUCGUUGAUCGCGUUCUCCAGGACAAACACACGAUCGAUGGCCGCAUCGUAAGAAGCUUUCUCUCAGUCUCGAACGGCUUUUUUGUACGCAUUCCUGAUUUUUUGCAUUUUUUAAAAUCUUUUUGUCCCUGUUAAUGGUGUUUUUUUGACGAAUCACAUUCCAACGAAAAAUUUAGUAUGUCCUUUUUAAUUGUUCCUUUCGGUGCCCACCGUUUGAUUAUCGAGAUUUAGCCCGCUUGCGUCGUUUCUAAGCUGUUAAUUUCUUUAGCUGUUAGUUAAUAUUGAUUGGUCUUUUUUUUGCGUUAUUUGCACGCUUGUUUUUUUCACUUUCUUCACCCGCAUCUUCUUAUUUUCUUUCUAUCAAAUUCAUGCACUGUUUUUCUUUGUGACCUUCACAAUCCUGAUGUUUUCUGUUUUCCUUUUUUGAUCUCUUUGGGGUUUUCAAACGAGAAAUAAAUGCUCCAUGUUGGGCUCCGCUCGCGCUCCCCCCUUUUAGCAACAUUCAUUUUCUUCUAUGACUAUGUUUUUUUUUUCGUGCUGUUUUACUUGAAAGCACCAUCUAUCCAGCGUUUAAGGAUUGUAUAUGAGGGAGUUUUUAUUAGCAUUAUGAGAUGCAAUUGUUGGCAUGAUUAUUUUUUAUAAAUUGGACAAAAUUUCCUUCUUGCUUGCACAUCUGCUGUCUGGUUCACUGUCAUGUUCAUUAUCAUUCUUGACUGUCAUCCAGGUUGAAGCUAAGAGGGCAAUGUCAAGAGAAGAGCAGCACACUUCCUCAAAAUCUGGGAAUCCUGCAUCUGGUAGAGCCAUGGGAGGAAGUGGAGGUGGUUCUCAAAAGACGAAGAAGAUAUUUGUUGGAGGUUUGCCGCCCACACUUUCGGAAGAGGGAUUUCGCAAAUACUUUGAGGCUUAUGGUACAGUGACAGAUGUUGUUGUGAUGUAUGAUCAAAACACUCAACGUCCCCGAGGGUUUGGGUUUAUCUCAUUUGAUUCUGAGGAGGCUGUUGAUCAAGUGCUUCAUAAGACCUUCCAUGAUCUAAGUGGGAAGCUCGUUGAAGUCAAGAGGGCCAUGCCAAAGGAUGCUCUAAGCCACGGAAGUGGUGGUGGUCGUUCAGUGGGCGGAGGUGGCGGUGGAUAUCAAACGUAUGCUGGUUCUAAUCCCAGUUCCGGUUCAUAUGAAGGUAGGAUGGAUGCUAACAGGUACAUGCCACCGCAAACAGGAGGAGGGUUUCCUCCUUAUGGAUCCUCUGGCUAUGGUGCGCCUGGUUAUGGAUACGGAACAGCAAACAAUGGCGUUGGCUAUGGAGGAUUUGGGGUCGGUGGGUAUGGAGGUGCUGGUGCUGGGUACAGUGGUCCUGGUGGUGCCUAUGGCAACCCAAAUGCCCCUACAGGUGGCUACGUAGGUGGUCCCCCCGGUGGCCCAAGGAGCCCCUGGAGUAAUCAGGUCCCAUCUGGUUAUGGCUCUGGUGGAUAUGGAGCUAGUGCUGGCUAUGGGUCUGGUGCUUCAUGGAAUGCCCCAGGUGGUGGUGGCGUUCCACCCACGGGUCAGUCUCCCAGUGGGGCAGGUGGCUAUGGGAAUCAAGGAUACGGUUAUGGUGGAUAUGGCGGGGGUGAAUAUAUCUCUCGUGGAGGUGGUACUGCCCCUGCAGGUGGUGCUGUUGGGGAUCAACAUGGGGCAGGCUCUGGAUACAUGGGUGGAGGUUAUGGGGAUGGCAGUGGGGGUUAUCCGAGCUCUUGGAAGUCUGAUCCGUCUCAAGGUGGGAUUUACGGGGCUGGCCAGGCGGGUGGUCCUCUUGGUGCUUCUGGUUAUGGCGGUUAUGGUGGUGCUCAGCCCAGGCAGGCUCAACAGCAGUGA